UCGACUCAGCAUAAAGCGCGGUCAAUUCUCACGAAAAACUCUUUUCAAAAAAUAAACAUCUUUUCAAAGAUGGUGAACAUUCCGAAGACCCGUAAAACGAUCUGCAAGGGUAAAUGCAAAAGGCAUACAACACACAAAGUGACACAAUACAAAGCUGGAAAGGCUAGCCUUCAUGUACAAGGAAAACGACGUUAUGAUAAGAAACAGCAAGGUUUCGGUGGACAAACUAAACCUAUAUUUCACAAAAAGGCUAAGACCACAAAGAAGAUUGUGCUGAGAAUGGAAUGCACAGAGUGCAAGCAUCGGAAACAAGUACCUAUCAAGAGAUGUAAGCAUUUUGAACUGGGUGGUGAUAAAAAGAGAAAGGGACAAAUGAUCCAGUUCUAACUUCAUUAAAAUUCAAUAAAUGGUUAUUGACAUUGAA